UUCAGACAUAUCCUCAUGAGCGGUGAAAUGGACGAUCUCAGCAUCUCUGAUUUGCUUCCAGAGGCCUAUGGACGCUCAAAGGACCCCGACCUCGCGUAUCUCUUCGACAACGAGCUCUCAGCUUGGGCGAAUAAGAAUCACGGCUUCCCUGCUGCCGACGUACGCAUCGAUCGCUCAAAAUGGGUCCGCGAUUGGGACAAGGGUGUCGAGAAUGUCGCAACGAAGCCCGCAUCUGAGGUUGUGAUGUGGACUUCGGUUUACCGUCAUCCUUCAACAGUCGGAAAGAGACCCGGUCGCUCAGAACGCGAAAUCCUCCGCGCAGCGAAGCUCAGAGCGCACAGAAGCCAUCAAGUGACCAUGGGGCUGCUCAAGGAGCUCUAUAGCUUACCCCAGAACAAGCAGUGUAGCUUCAGGGACUGGUUUAUGCUCGUCAGCGCGGAGAAACGGCGAGAGACGCUUGAUCAAGGCUUCGAGAACGCUUGCUGGUGCACCGCAUUUGGUCAAGACUCCCGCGCGUUUUGUCCCGAGAUCAACAGUACGGCACUUCUGAAGCGACGAGGGAUAGAGCUCUUUGAUUUCUGUGACCGAUACAUGGAGAACAUGAGCUCUUACAAAGAAGACGAUCCGACGCGAAGAAGUAUGCUUCACACCGACUGGUGGUGGAGCGCGCGACGGCCAGAAGAUAGCGAUUGUCCACGCAGCCAACACGAGAACUACAGAGUGCUGUACCAGAUAUACACAUACCUUCGGCUCGAGUUCCUCGAUCAGUUUGUGCUCUACUCUCAGAAGGCCGUGCUCAAGGCUUGUGUCGACAACAUGUCGCAAAGUGACUCUUUCGUACCUCGCUUGAUCUGGAUGGCUGGGCCACAAGGCGUACAGAAUCUCUUGGCUGUGAGAAAAGAAAUCAGAAGCCGUGCAGGUCGCCGGUGCGAAAACUGUGAGCGUUGCCCGGAAGAUGUGGGCGAAAAUGUCAAGUUCCUUAUCUGCGGCGGAUGCAAACGUCAGCUCAACUUCGAGUAUCACUAUUGCUCAAAAGAAUGUCAGAGGUCAGACUGGCCCCGACACAAGGUACACUGCGGAAAGGAGAAGGUGUCCAAAGGCCGUGACGAAGGACGACCGGAGUACACGCAAUCGCUCGGCCUGCUUCUUCAGUUGGAGUUCCAGAAACACUAUGACGACGCCGACUACUUCAUCUUCCAGGUCAGCGCUCCAAAAGGCUACAAAGUCGCUUUCCUGCAUGACGAAGAAAAGAGAGCGAUGUUCAGAGAUAAGCGUGCCAUGGUUGCGAUGGAUGCUGAUCGAGUCGGCCUCGACGUCCUCGCGAAGUGUCUAGUAGAUGCGCUGCCAGGGGAUACGACUGAUUCAGGUAUUACCAAGGACAACGUCAUCCAGCAACUUUGCGAGGAAUACGAGGUAGAUGUGAGGUCGCAGCUGGAGGCGCUGGAGGCGGACCUAGCGAUGCAAUGCAACGAAGACCGGUAUAGCGGUAUGGUGAUUAUUGGACACGACAAAGAGGAGGCUAAAGAGGAGGUCGAGUUAUCAGAGCAGGCUGAUAUGACACCUGAGUCCGCCAUAUCGUAGUCUCUUAGUUUCAGUCAGAUACCCAUUCGGCUUUAGGAAGCGUAUACUCAUCCGAGACCACUAAGUUAUGCCGCGUGUAUGAAUAACGAUGUCGGCUUCAAAGCGUUUAUUUCGCGUCCCCGAAGAACCAUACGCAGCAC